AAGGCAUGUUUCAGUGGCGGAGCAGGGGUGAUUUCCUGUCGGGCCGGGGCUCUGCUGCAGGCAGCGGUGUUCCCCUCCGGCGAUGUGAGCUUCUCUCGGGGUAUCCCCCCCCGACCCCGGCACCCGACGGUGCCUCCGCAGCUCGCUGCAUCUCCUCCGCUGCCCCGAGGAGAGGGCGGCCGGAGGCGAGGGGAAGGAGCGCAGCCAGCUCGGCGGGCCGUUUCCCAGUGCAGAUGACCCGCCCCUGGAGGGCAGGGGCGCGGGGCACGGCUCCCGCGGCGGGGCGGGAGGGGCUGCGAGGUGAAGGCGGCUCCCGGAGCGGGGCAGCCCGGAGCCCGGCGGGGGAGGCUGCGCGCGCCCCCCCCUCCCCUUGCUCCUGUCCUCGGGGGGUGCCAGCAGGGCAGGGCCGCGCCCCUCUCGCCCCCACGGGGCAGCAGCUCGGGAGGCGGCAGAGGGGCGCGUGACAGCGCCCGGAGCUCGGGUCAGCGCUUUCGCGCCCGCCCCCCGCCCCCCGCACAUGACAAGGGGCGAGGGGCCGGGCGGGCUGGCAGUGCCGGAGGAGGGGCCGGAGCCGCGGCCGGGAGGUGGGAAACUUGUGAAAAGGAGUCGGAGCCGCCUCGGAGGCUCAGUGCGGAGCCGCUGCCUCUGCCGCCGCCGUGCCCCCGCCAAGUUCACGUCCAGCCCGCAGCUCCCCGGGCAGCACGUGAGGCGCCGUCGGCCCCACCGCUGCCGCCCGGCGCAGGCCCUGGAGCCGCAGCGGGGCAGCAGGAGCGGGCGGCGGCGGGCGGCGGGCGGGGGCCGGGAGAUGCCGCCGCCGGCCGCACUGGGGCUGGCGCUGGCGCUGGCGGUGGUGCUGGGCUCGGCGCCGGCGGCCCGGGGCGCGGCCUGCGAGCCCGUGCGCAUCCCGCUCUGCAAGUCCCUGCCCUGGAACAUGACGAAGAUGCCGAACCACCUGCACCACAGCACGCAGGCCAACGCCAUCCUGGCCAUCGAGCAGUUCGAGGGGCUGCUGGGCACGCAGUGCAGCGCCGACCUGCUCUUCUUCCUCUGCGCCAUGUACGCGCCCAUCUGCACCAUCGACUUCCAGCACGAGCCCAUCAAGCCCUGCAAGUCGGUGUGCGAGCGCGCGCGGGCCGGCUGCGAGCCCGUGCUCAUCAAGUACCGCCACGCCUGGCCCGAGAGCCUGGCCUGCGAGGACCUGCCCGUCUACGACCGCGGCGUCUGCAUCUCGCCCGAGGCCAUCGUCACCGCCGAGGGAGCCGGUGAGCGCCCCCCGGGCCCUUCCCCGCGUGUCCGCGGCCCCGGCCCCGGCCCCGGCCCCGCUCUGCAGCGGGCGGGGCGGGGUAACCACGUCCCCGCCGGUGCCUGCCCCGCCGCCCCCAGGGGAGCUGCCGCCCGUCCCGGCGCCCCCAGCGCGCUUCUCGGCCCCGGCUUCUUUGCUAGCAGGUGUCUGAAACUUUCUGUGGGUGCGCGUGAGUGUGCAUGCCUGUGUGUGAGCGUGGAAGUGAGAGUGUGUGUGAGUGAGUGUGCGUGCAUGUGAGUGCAUGCGUGUGUGUGAGCAUGGGAGUGAGAGUGUGAGUGUGCAUUCAUGUGGGACUGGGAGUGUGUAUAUGUGCGAGUGCAUGCGUCUGUGUGACCAUGGCAGGGUGUGUGUAUGUACAGGUAGGUGAGUGAGUGUGUGUGUGAGUGCAUGCAUGUGUGGGAGUGUGUUUGUGUGCACACAGGUGAGUGUAUAUGUGUGUGUGAGCAUGGGUGUGCAUGUGCAGGUGAGUGCACAUGCAUGUGUGUGCAUGCAUGAGUGUGUGUGAAAAUGACUUCAUCUCAAAAGGAAGGUUUCCAAAGAUACAGGCAUAGUGCAAUACAUAUCUGUGUGUUCCUGUACACACGUGUGGAAAUGUCCUUAUCCCAAAAAGAAUAUCAGAAGGUACUGUCAUAUUGUGUGUGUGUGCGCGCCUUAUGGGUGUGGAAAUGGCCUUAUCCCAAAACAAAAGUAUCCAAAGAUACCAUCAUAGUGUGGGUGGGUGGAAAUGGUUGUAUCCCAAAAAGAAAGUAUUAAAGUGUGUGUGUGUGUGUGUGUGUGUGUGAAAAGCCUUAUCCCAAAAAGAAAGUAUCCGGUCUGUGUGAGUGCACACACAUGGGCAGAUCUAGGAUUUUGAAAAGGGGGGUGCAGCUGGUUUGGGGCAUCGUCUCAUAUAACACAGCAUGCAUUUUUCUUAAGGCAAAAAGAAACUAUAAAACUUUACUAAUAAGCCCAGGGGCCUGGGGCUGUAUUAUACAGUUUAACAUCCAAGCAAAACAACAAAUAUAACUUUACUGGAAUGAGUUAAAAACAGUCCGGGGGUUGUGGAAUAGGAGCUUCCUUAUUAAGAGCAGUUAACAGACCACACAAUUGGAGAAGAAAGGCCAGCUGGAUUGGUGGAGCAUCAAGACCUUUAACAAGGAGAGAGGGUCAUUUAACACCUGUGGGAUGUAGAGUUUAGAAUCAGGUAGAUUUUAAUAAGCCAUUAAUUCAAUUGAUGCUCUCACUGCUUCCUGACUAGAAAUGCUGCUGCCACUGCCAGCCAGUUGGUUUUAAACUACAGGUGGAGCAGGAAUAAAAGGGGGGUGCAACUGCACUACUGCAGCCCCCCCUGGAUCCACCCAUGAGGGGGUGUGUGUAGAUGGCUGUAUCCCAAAAGGAAAGUAUUAAAAGGUGCUGUCAGUGUGUGUGUGUGUGUGUGUGUGUGUGUGUGUGUGUGUGUGUGCAUACGCGUGUGUAAACGGCUGUAUCCCAAAGAGAAAAUGUUAAAAGGUGCUCUGUGUGGGUGUGUGGGUGCACGUGCACACAUGGAAAUAGCCUUUAUCCAAUAAAAGGAAAUUAUCCUGAAAUACAGGCAUACUUUCUUUGAGGUGUUUCCUUUUUUAUGGUUUUUGUUUUUUUUGUCGCUAUCUUGCCAUUGACCUGUUUACCAACCCCACAAAAACAGUUGUGAUUUUUUUUUCCUGGCCAAAAAUGGGAACUUUCAAGAGUGGUGUUGGUAACAUGUGAAAAGUUUGUGAAAUUCUGACAAAAAUGAAAUGGGGCUGUUUCAAACACAAAAAUAAAAGCAACUUCCAAAUGCUUAAUGAAUUAGCUGUAGUAUUUUACAAAUAUCAGUGGACUAGUUGAAGGGACUACAUCCAGCAGUUAAGGUAGCUGCAUAUAUAAUUCCCCAUUCUCUAUUGGUACUGCAUAUACAAUUCCCCAGUCCUUCAUUUUUCCACACUGCACACAGGUAAAGCAGUUGGUGUUUGUGGACAUAUCUCUGGAACGGUAAACACUUUUGGUUCCAGUUAGGAUGGCUGUGUUUACUUGGCACUGUGCUCAUACAUAUCAGUCCUGCCAAGAGGCAGGGUUAAUUAGCCCCGGGGCCAGUAAUAUGCACAUAUAUUGCUUCCUGUGCAAAAAAAGUAGCCCAUGACCAUCCCUGGGACCAGAAGCAAUAUAGCUACAGUAUGGCCUGUGCGUUUUUCCACUCCAGCAAGAACACACAGAGUGGCAACUAGGAAGCAGAAAAAAUAAUUGCUUCAUAUCUACUCCAAAUGAAAACCUUAGCAGUAUAGUACCUGGUAUAGUGGGACAAAGAUGGCUUUAUGAUCUUUCUGUGUCCCCUGAAUCCAGGGAUCACUUUGGCACCUAGAGUAACAUCUGAGCUGCUUUAUAUUGCACCUGACCUUGGAAACUUGCGUGGCAGUGUGCUACCAGGGAUCACUACGGCCCAGCAGCUUUCUAGAUAUACAUCCUUUUAUGAGCCAUACUCCCCAUGCUUAGAACUUAGAAAACAGCUGCACUGCAAAUCUUCCUACAUUGUCUCAAUGGCAUCAAGGGUGAGAUAGGUGAAACUAUAUAUCUGAUUUAGCGGACUUUUUCAACUGAUUAGUGCCUUCACUGCAAACUGGUCAUUGAAUAAUAACUGGUUCUUUAUAACAAGGGUGUAAAUUUACCUAUCAACUAGGUUGUGGCUGCUUUUGGGAUGGGACAUGGAACUUGUUAAAAGGACAAAGCACUGAAAUGCAGCAGGACAAACCCUAAAGAAAUAAAAAACUGUUUUCAGUUGAAACAGAUGAGGAAGAUUGUGUUAGACACACUAUAAUUACCCCAGCUAGAAUCUGGUAAGAACGCUGAAGCUGUCACCCUGGACUUGUGAAAUGAUUAAUUGUUCAGUUUUUGUCCUGCCUAUAAAGAACUUUUGUAUAUGGGCAAAUUGAGAAGUAAUGUAGGUGAUGAUGACUGUUACACAUUGGAAAGCUGAUACUGCUUAUUGGCCAACACGAUAGAAAGGGAUGGGAUAGCAGGACAAGCAACAAACCAGAAGUUGUAAGAUAAAGAAGGUCCACCCCAGCACCCUGUCUUAAACCUAACACUCAAGUGCUAGUUUCUCACUCUGUCGCAGUCCUGUCCUGCUAGAGCCUUUUUGGUGUGUAAAUUACACUAGGCUGUGAGGUUUGCUGACAUUUAACCUAUGUCACCUUUAAUGUUAUCUCUGAUUCUGGACAAUUCUUUUGGAUGAAAAGUGCUGUAUGUAACUGGAUUAUUAUUAGCACCUUAUUCAACCCCCUUUUCAUUCCAUAUAGGCUAUAUCCCUUCAUUCCUUAUGUAACUUUCUUCGUUUUUAAUAAAACCUUAUGACUUACGUUUCAGUUUUUUUUUCCAUGUGUCUCAGCGAAUCUUUCCCACGUGAUCAAUCUAAUUCCAUUUCUUCCCUUCCAAACCAUAUUGAUUUACCAACCCAGUCUCUUCAGACUCUCGAUUCCCCCUCACCAGGUCUACCUGGAUACCUCAAGCUAACUCUGCUCUUAAUACUUCUGUGUCUAGCACUUCUCAUUCCUUUCUAACCCUUCAUUCCCCUGUAAUCCUAAUUUAAACCUAACACCCCAUGUCUGUCUAUAGAUCUGUUGUUGCUGCUUCUCUGGGCUGCAGACCUGCUGGGAUGGUUUCAAGGAAGGUGGUUUUGAACUCCCAAAUUAGGAAUAAAUUUGUGAAUGUCUCAUUUUGAAACACAUUUUCAAACUCCUUCUUCAGUAGCAUUAAGACACUCUCAAAACUGCCUUAAAAAUGGAUCCAAACUGAGUGAGGCUUGGCAAGUCUACAGCAAUUUGAAAGCAAUCAUAUUCAAAACUGAAGGGAGGAAGUUUCUCUAAAAUUGCCCCAGAGUUACCUAUUGCUGAGGACCACAGAAGCACAAUAACCUCUUUGAAUGAUUCCAGUGUGAAAUUCAUGAAAACUUUCUUUCACGGAAUGAAAACAUGAUGACAUUCUGAUUUCUGGGUUUUAAAAAUUAAACCAACAUGCUAUCCACCAGACUGAAGGCAUCUUUCUUGGGAAAAUAAAGUCUCUCCUUUAAAAAGCUUAAUAAAGUAUUCCUAUUCUAGGAAAAGUUAAAAUAAUUGGUAUUAUCAAAUUAAUGGAUUACACCCAUUAAUAGUAGAAAACACUAAUAAUUCCAAUAACCAGUUAAAGAUUAGCAUAUAAUGGAGAUCUAAUAUUUUCCUCUUAAAUGUUUAUGUUCUGAACCUUUUAGAGCUGGUGAACUACACUCAGCAGAACAGUCAGAAAUGUAAAUUCACAUUCACUGCCAUUUAUUAAUUAACAGAUUGUCCUUAUUCAACAUGAAAAUAUUACUCCCAAAAGUAAUAGAAGUUUGCAUUUGUGCCUGGAGGUCUCAGAGUUCCAUUCCAAUAGUAA